AAUCAAUGUCACCUUCUGCUUACAUGCUCAGGCCUUCGGUAAGUAAAAUUUAGUAUCAAAAAAUAAUUUGCAUCAUCAAAAAUGCAAAAUCUGAAAUUAUGGUGAUAGAGUAAGAUAAUAGGUAAUAUUACAAACAACAAAUAUGAUCAAUUGUCUUUAUUGUUCCAAAAUUAAUUACUGUAGCUGUGUAAUUUAAAUGACAUGCUCUCAACUUGACAGAAGUUCAAAACUCUCAUUGGCUCACUUGGUUAUUGUUUUCCUCACACUAACUUAAAUUAUGAAUCUAAAGUGUUGUAUAUUGAAAAUUUGCUGCCCCCAAAAAAUCUGAAUAUAUUCGCCAUUUCGUUUUCCAGAAACCAAAAAUCUCUGCAUCUCGCAGACUAUAUUUGAAGACCAAAAUGAUGAAGAAGGCCAUGGUGAUGCUGGAGAAUGACAAGCAAGUAAGACGAGACGAACGGGAGAGAACCCUGACUGAGAAAGUUCCGGAACUCCAGAUGUCCAACCUGUCUACACAGGAACUGCAGAAUCUUUGCAAAGAGCUACACCAGAAGAUUGAUGUCGUUGAUGAGGAUCGUUAUGACAUUGCUUUAAAGGUGGCCAAAAAUGAUAUAGAGUUGCGGGACCUGUAUCAGAAGAUCUACGAGCUGAAGGGCAAAAUGAAGAGGCCGAACCUGAAGAGGGUGAGGGUGUCUGCAGACGCCAUGUUGGGAGCGCUGCUGGGUGCCAAAGUCAAAGAGUCUGUGGACUUCAAGGCUAACCUCAAGACUGUGAAGAAAGAGGAGGAGAAGAAAGAGGAAGUGACAGACUGGCGUAAGAACGUGGACGCCAUGGGUACGGGUAUGGAGGGCAGAAUGAAACUGUUCAAUGCCGGCCAGUAGACGUCGGUCUCGUCAUCUUUGGGAAGACAUUUGCCAUCAGACUUGGAUGAAGCCAAUGGGCCGAGUGACUGUCGCUCACUUUUUGAAAAACACUUUUACUAAUCGGGCAAACCUGUGGAGGAAAAUAGUGAAAACAUCAUCUGUAUUAUCAUUCUCAAGAAGAAGAAUGUCAUAACAAUGUAAGGGUGACAUCUGAAUCUUAUGACAUUUGAAUCUUAAAUGUGUAUUUUUUAAUAGCAGUGAGUACAGAAUAUCAUGUUAAAUACAAACGUGCACUUCAUGCAAUAUCUAAGUCCUGAUGAUGUAAUCAU